GUCGAGUACAUAUUACACAAAAAAAGGUCUAAAGGUAAAAGAUAAGAUUUAAAACUGCGUGAGACUUGUUAAACAAAGUACAGAGUGCAUGUGAAUAUAAAGGAUGAAUAAAUUGUUGAAAUGCGUAGUUCUAAUGGGAUUAUGUGAAAGUGUCAGCCAAACAUCGCUAUGUACUGCCCGUGGAAGAUAUCCAAACAACGAUGUUGAAGACUGUCGUGGAUACACUAUGUGUCUGAUGGGAGGAGCGAAUAAUUUUACCCAAUACCGACUAACGUGCCCCAUAGGCUUCGUUUACAGCCAUAAAGAGCAACAAUGCACAAAUAUCACCAGUUACUCUUGCCACGAAUCUUACAAUUGCACGAGUAGGGGUUACUUCGCGAGUGAAAGCUGCACAUCAUACAUUGCUUGCGUUGAAGCGAUAAAUGGCUUGGCGACAGCCAGAUUGGUAAAGUGUCCAAUGAAUACUGUUUUCAAUCCAGAGGAUGGGUUAUGCGUUCACGUAAACUCAUACAAGUGUAACAUUAAAAGUAGUGAUCAAACGGAUUUGUACACAGAGGAAGUGUUUAAAGAUUCUCGAAAUUUUACUUUCAACGGGGCCUUCAAAAUUAAUGUUAGAUACAUCCAAAAUGGAUUUGUAUGUUUAACGAUAGCUUUGUUAUUAUAUUAAUAAAUUUUUCU